AUCAUAGGCUCAUUAUCUGGAGUUUAUCUGCAGUUUCAACUUUGCCCUAGAACAGAUAACACAUUCAGGAACUCAAAUGUUCAGAGAACAGCACCAUACUGACAUUCUCUGGUUUUCUCUUUGGAUUUUAAUAAUUGUCUUCUGUUUGCUUGUAUUUCUGUUGGUGAUUCGAGUGCCUGGAGCAUGGCACUUCUCUCAGACAAGGGUUACUCUGGGACUGAACUCCUAGACCUGCUCCUCGAGCCCCAUAUGGUCCCUCACAUGGACAGCAAUGGUUACCAUGGCAACCCGGCGUGGCCAAUCACAGAUCAAAGCAUUCUGUGUCAUGGUGAAGGUGUUGUUGAUAACUUCUUGGACUCCCUGUUGCAAGCAUCAGAUGGCGUGUCACAGCCCUGCUCUCCUCUAUGGGUCCCCUCACCCUCUGACAGUGGAAUCAGUGAUGACACCCCGUCUGACCACCUGGACAGCCCGCCGCCGUCCACCAACCCGCUUUUCAACUCCAUCCUCCUCCCUCAGCAUCCUCAUCUUCUCCCUCAACAUCUUCAGCAGCAGGACGCACCUGUCGCAAACACAGAGCCUGAUAUCUCCAUUGAUCUGGAAGAUUGGGAGGCCAGCCUGUUCUCCGACGGUCUGACAGACUCUCAGUGCACGUCAGCAGUGCAGAGAACUCAACCAGCCACCGUUUACCAGCUCACCGUAAAAGACCUGCUGCUUUCCAGCAACGGAGAAGUGUCGAAACCCUCCACCCAGCAAUCCCAGCAAGAACUGAUUCUUAACGAAGAUGAGAAGAAACUUUUAGCCAAGGAAGGAGUCAAUCUUCCCAGCCAACUGCCUCUUAACAAGUACGAAGAAAAGAUGUUGAAGAAGAUUCGGAGGAAAAUCCGAAACAAGCAGUCGGCACAGGAGAGCCGCAAGAAAAAGAAGGACUAUGUAGAUGGACUGGAGGGAAGGAUGGCUGCCUGCAGCGCUCAGAAUCAGGAAUUACAGAGGAAAGUCCUCCAGCUGGAGAAGACCAACACGUCUCUGAUGGAGCAGCUACGCUGGCUGCAGUCUCUCGUGAUGAAUGGCUCCAGUAAACCGGCUCAGACGGGAACCUGCAUCCUGGUGCUGGUCCUCUCUUUCUCUCUCAUUCUCAUCCCGAGCUUCCAGCCCAUCUCACACAGGAGAACCGCUGACCCCGGGGACUUCAGCGCUGGGAAAGUUCAGUCCAGGUCACUGCGCUCAGUGAUGGAGGUCUACAGCAUCCAGCCUGGCUACUCCGUCAACAGAGAUGUGGACGUCCCCUCGUCCCCUCACAGCAAGCUUCGGCUCAGGCCUGAGUACGCCGACAUGGACCCUCUACAUCACAACCACAGCUACAGAGACCACGAGCAUCACCACGGUGACCCCAUCACGGGUCACGCUGCCACACUGAGGUGGAUAGCACAUCAUGAGAAAGACAAUAAGUGAUGUAACAGACUGGCACAUAUUAUACCAGCCAUUCGACCAAGGCAUCACAACUGAUUCCGGCCACAGACAGGAAGUUACUAUCUGACUGGCAUGCAAAGCAUUGUUUGCUUUCCCCUGGCAUUGAUAUUAAAUAAUAGACCAUUUUAGACUGGAAUGGAAAAAUAAAUAAUGCAAAUGAUAAUGCAGCAGCCUACAGCGUGCAAAAACUAACAACAAAAAAACAAAUUACUGUAUAUUUUAGUGUCGGGCAAAGAUUUCAUGCAACUAACCUGGCAAAUCUAGUGACUAUUUCAUUCUCAAGCGUUCAUUCAAAAAACUGUCCACAGACAGGAAGUGACCAUUUGAUUGACACGCAAAUGUUUGGCAUGCAACAAUUUGUCCAGAAAACACACAAACACACACACACAAACACACACACACACACACACACACACACACACACACACAUACACGUCUAUGUUACUAAGAGGGGACUAUCGCUCUACACUGACCAAGAGGGGACCAGUGUUUCUGGUCAUUUUUAAGAAACAAAAACUACAUACAAAAUUUUCAUUUGAGGUCUUUUUUCAUAAUAUAACUGAAAAAAUACAUUUUUAAUUUUUUUAAAAAACAUGCCAAGUGGGGACCUGAGUGACGUCUACCUAUCCAACAGAGGACCUCCAUAGACUGCAAUGCAACUGUGUGUGCAAACAUUAGGGCAAUUUUACCAAGUGUUUCUUUACAAUCUAACUGUAUUUAAAUGCAACUCUAAACUUUGAAACAUUCACACUAUAUCACCAUUGAAGAAAUAUUCUGAUAGAAAUCCAAAAUGUUUAAUAAAUUAGUAUGACGUGCAGAUAUUUUCUGGGCUUGACACCAAUACAAAUGCACUUCUCAAUAUAUGAAUGCAAUCACACAGAUAUAUAUAUAUAUACAUAUAUAUUUGUUUCAGUCAAACCAAAAAAUAUUAAGACAAAACAAACAAGACACUAUAGUUAAUUUGAGGAUAGCAAAAAUAAAGUAAAAUGAAGAGCUCUUUAAGGUAACAAUUGCAUGUCAAUACUUCUGACAGUAAAGAGUGCAUGUGUUAGAUAAAAUGAGUUUGGUCCCCAGUUAGAUGGUGACGUGUGACGCCUGUUAGACUGAAUCACCUCUUCUUACAUCACAGACACUUUAACAUUAUAUGUUAAGUUAAGAAACAAUAUUAUAUGUUAAGUUAAGAAACUACAUUAUAUGUUAAGUUAAGAAACUACAUUAUAUGUAAACUUAAGAAACAAUAUUAUAUGUUAGCUUGCUGCAUUGAAAAAUUUCAGUUGAGUUCGGUAAAAUAUAUUUUAACCAGGCUACUUUAGCUGUUUAACACUGACAUUUUUCAGAGGCUCCAUUUUUAGGGUUUUAUCAGCAUUGCCAUUAUAUUCAGAAAUAAAUAAAUAAAUAAAAGUAAUUUGUUAAAUGUAAAGGCAAACAAACAGAUCACGUCAUGCUUCACCAUCUAACUGGGGACCGGUUUGAUCUUGGAGGCUUUUUUUUUUUUUUAAAGAUAGAUAGAUAGAUAGAUAGAUAGAUAGAUAGAUAGAUAGAUAGAUAGAUAGAUAGAUAGAUAGAUAGUGCUAAUGUUGAUCUGAACACUUAGGUCCCCUGUUAAAUGGUAAACUGCGACAUCUCUUUGGUUGCUUUGACAUUUCUUGAAGAUUUCAUGUUGACUUUGAAAAUAUUCACUUGGCUAAAUUUCUAAGUCAAUGUUACAAUCAACAUAUAUUGUAACAUUAUAUUAUCAUCCUUGCCAUAGCAUUCAGAGAUGGUGAGAAUGUGAAUUAUUGUUAAAUGUAAGGUCAGCCGAUCAGGCGUCACACUUCACCAUCUAACAGGGGACCAGUGUUUUUAUUUUAUUUUUUUAAUGCAACAAUCAAUAUAUAAUUUUGAAAAACUCUGGCAUAUUAUAACCAGAAAUUCUUCAUAAAGUGGACUACCAGUAAAUUUGCUAAAAAUUUGGGACCAAAAAUUAUUCUGACAAUAGACCUGACCAUUUUUUGCUUAAGUGCUAUCUGAUAUUAUCAAGAUGAAUUUGUUCUGACAGUUUAACUCUGAGUUCUUGUCAUCUUUUAUUACCAUUAUCUAAACUAUAGCAAAUAAACUGUGAUAGCGUUUUUAAUGUUCAAGGUGUCUGAAUAAAUGUAGUUUUUAUUGUAUACAUACACAAUAUACGUAUAUGUACUUAUAAUACUGACACAUUGAGAAGUGUUUUUAUAGUUAGU